AUGAAAAGAACUGAAUAUGAGGGAAAGUAUUUCCAUCAUGAAGAAGAACGAAAAAUACGAAAAUUACAACCAACAACCUCUGGAAUCUCACUGUACGAGACGCAACAAGAUGAAAUUGUUGUGUUGAAAUUAUUUGAUUUGAAUUACAAUUCUUCGAUUCAUGACUCCGAUACCGAAUUUCUAAAUUAUUUAUGCAAAAAAUUUACUCAGGGCAUGAGAAGAAAGGAGAGGAAAAUUAAACCGUUCUCCAUGCAGUUUGAUCUUGCUUAUACAUUUUCAUGCGCAACAAGUAACAUCUCCUUGGAGUCUACUUGUGAUGUUAAGAUUUCAUAUACACACGGACUCAUUCUCAUUAGUUCAGGAGAUAUUCAUGUUUUUGAUUUAUAUACCAAAAAAUUCAUAACUACUUUCUCAAUACCUGACUGUGAACUAUUGUAUAUGAACAUUGAGGAAAAUUUCGAUGGAAAUAACAAUGAUGCUUUGUUUUUUGAUUGUUAUGGCCAUAAUUGCGUUUUUAAAUAUGAUUUGAAGAGACUUGUAGAUCAAACCAUCAACAAAGAGUCGUGUGAUUUUAUAUGGAAAUCGGAAAAGUUGGAAGAGCCAAGAGGAAUGGCUCUUUGGAAAGAUCGUCUUUGUUUUGAGGAGAAUUUAUUGUUUGUGUGUAAUGAAAAACAUACUGACGGAAGUAUUCUUAUAUUACGAUCGUCCACAGGACAAACCGUUAGAACCAUCACAAAUCUUGAAAGUCCCUACGGACUAACUUUUACUGAAAACGGCAACGAAUUAUUCGUUAGCAUGUUGUCAAGCAUUGAGAUAUUUCGAAAGGAUGACAAAAAUCAAUGGACUUUCGAACGGCUUCUUGUUGAGAAUGACGACAUUUACUCUCAAGGAUUAACAUACGACAAAGUGUCCAAGACACUUAUUUCUUGUAACGAUGAGUUUAACGAAAUUCAAAUUUUUCAACCCACAGACGGAACAAUUAUUAAGGAGUUUGGUGAAAACGUGUUUCUUCCAGAUAGUUUGUGCUUGAAUGAGGAAACUGGUGAACUCUUUGUUUGUCAAGAUGACAGUGUCAAAGUUUACAAAUAA